CUCCCCGGUUCAGCCGAUCGUUUGAAGAGCAUCAUUAUUGUCUGGAGCAGAAAUCCAGCUGGUCCUUCCAGAGGCGGCGUUUUGAACUUCCUCGGGAUUUGUGCGUGUCCCUGUUUGUUUGUUUUUUUAAAUCCCUCUCCCCCAAUUUCCUCUGCACGCCAAGGAAGCCUCGUGGUUUUUUUUGAGGAAUAAUCAACUUUUCCAAUGUUUGGGAUCCAAGAUACACUAGGAAGAGGACCCAUCCUGAAAGACAAGGUGCUGGGCUCCGAGAUGGAUCCGGUCCGGUCCUGGGUCAGGAAUGUUGGCGUGGUGGAUGCCAACGUAGCCGCUCAAAGCGGCGUGGCUUUGUCCCGAGCCCACUUCGAGAAACAACCGCCGUCGAACUUGCGGAAGUCUAAUUUUUUCCACUUCGUCCUGGCGCUGUACGACCGACAAGGGCAGCCAGUGGAAAUCGAGCGGACGGCGUUCGUGGACUUCGUGGAGAACGACAAAGAACAAGGGAAUGAAAAAACCAAUAAUGGUACCCACUACAAACUGCAGCUGCUUUACAGCAAUGGUGUCAGAACUGAACAGGAUCUUUUUGUCAGACUUAUUGACUCAGUAACAAAACAGCCCAUCACCUACGAGGGACAGAACAAGAAUCCAGAAAUGUGCAGAGUUCUCCUCACUCAUGAAGUCAUGUGCAGCCGUUGUUGUGAAAAGAAAAGCUGCGGGAACCGCAACGAGACCCCUUCAGAUCCUGUGAUCAUUGAUAGGCAAGGAGAAAAGUGUUGCCAAUUAUCAUUUCCGACUGCAAGGACAAGACAAAUCGGGACUUAAUACUGGCUGGAAUCCUGUUGAUAAUUUAUGCAUGCAUAAGUGAACUCCUGUGUUGCAAUGGUGAAUCGCUGCUAAUUCACAUGGUGCUAGUCAUGUUGCUGAGGGCAAGACCAGGAAUGUGACAUGCACCUCAUUAAGCAGCAAUACCCCACCAUGACUUAUACAAUUUCUCUUAUUUAUGUAUUAAAUGGCUAUUGGAUUCUGACCACUAAAAUGCAAGGGAAUACCUAUGUGCUCCCCUUGGCUAUUUGCUAUUGUUUUUCCACUGCAG